UUUUCUCUGUCUGUCGGUGUGUGUGUGUCUGUUAGCUAGCUGUUAGCUAUCAUCGCCAUCAACCGCAGGAACGACGUGAACAUGGCGGACACAGCCAGGGACCCUCCACCGCAGCACACCGACUUCCAGGAGCUGGAAGACGCGGAGGACCUGUUCCCGGAGCCGGCCGACACACAGGAGUCAGAACCAGCCAGUCUACCUGCUGAGGACAUCAGCACCAACUCAAAUGGACCCAAACAGGAUUCACUAUUUGAUGAUGAUCCAGAGGACCUGUUCGCAGAGGCCACAGAGGAGGUUUCGUUGGACAGUCCAGAGAGAGACGUCCUGCUGUCUGACGGCCCGUCACCUGCCAUCACCCCCAUCACCCCUCCCACCUCCGUCAUCACCCCCCGCAUCUGCCUCGGCCACGACGACAUGUUCACACACUCCUCCUUUGACGAGAUUGAAGAGGAGGAGGGCGGCGAUUCAUUCGACAUGCACAUAUCUGUGUCAGACCCUGAGAAAGUUGGCGAUGGCAUGAAUGCGUACAUGGCCUACAAAGUGACAACCAAGACCUCCAUGUCUCUGUUUAAGAGUAACGAGUUUUCGGUAAAAAGGCGUUUCAGUGAUUUUCUGGGUCUGCACAGUAAACUGGCCUCCAAGUACCUGCACAUAGGCUACAUUGUCCCCCCAGCACCGGAGAAAAGCAUUGUGGGCAUGACCAAGGUGAAGGUGGGGAAGGAGGACCAGUCGUCCAAUGAGUUUGUGGAGAAGAGGAGGUCGGCACUGGAGAGGUAUUUGAUGAGAACAGUGAAGCAUCCAAUCCUGCUGAAGGAUCCUGACGUCCUGCAGUUUCUGGAGAGCUCAGAGUUGCCGCGGGCGGUCAGCACUCAGGCUCUGAGCAGCGCCGGGCUUCUCCGAAUGGUCAACAAGGCAGCAGACGCCGUCAACAAGAUGACCAUCAAGAUGAACGAGUCAGACGCUUGGUUUGAGGAGAAGCAGCAGCAUUUUGAGAAUCUGGAUGUUCAGCUGAGGAAACUUCAUGCCAGUGUGGAGUCUCUGGUCUGCCACAGGAAAGAGCUGUCGGUGAACACGGCGCAGUUCGCCAAGUCGGCGGCCAUGUUGGGAAACAGCGAGGACCACACGGCUCUGUCCCGAGCUCUGUCCCAGCUGGCCGAGGUGGAGGAGAAGAUCGACCAGCUGCACCAGGACCAGGCCAACGCAGACUUCUACCUCUUCUCUGAGUUACUGGGCGACUACGUCCGCCUCAUCACUGCCGUCAAGGGUGUGUUCGACCACCGUAUGAAGACGUGGCAGAAGUGGCAGGACAGUCAGAUGCUCCUGCAGAAGAAACGAGAAGCUGAAGCCAAACUGCAGUUCACCAACAAACCAGACAAAUUGCAGCAGGCCAAAGACGAGAUCAAAGAGCUGGAGGGGAAGGUCCAGCAGGGAGAGAGAGACUUUGAACAAAUCUCCAAAACCAUACGCAAAGAAGUCAGCAGGUUUGAGAAAGAGAGAGUGAAGGACUUUAAAACCAUCAUUAUCAAAUAUCUGGAGUCACUGGUUCAGACACAACAACAGCUGAUAAAAUACUGGGAGGCCUUCUUACCCGAGGCCAAGGCCAUCUCAUAGAGUCCACACAUACACAACAGACAGUCCUGACUGGCUCCGGUCAAACUGCUCUACCCAUAAUGCACCUGUCCUCCCGGGUCACCCUCAUCCUCUUGUUUAUGCCCAGAGUGAAGAAGAGAAGUGAGGCAGCGAAUCAGCUCGGAGUGACUUUUCUGCAGUUAAAAAAAUCAACAACAAAACUCUCUUGAAUUCACAGUUCGCCGUCUUUUAGUCCUCUUUCUUCUGUCUGCUGUUCUUUCUGAACUGAAAGUGUUGCGUUGACGUCCUGUGAGAGUCCUUGUUGUUCUCAUGAUUGACGCUUUCAGAAUUAUAAUAGCAGGUUUGCACUCCUCAUACUGUUUUCUUCUUGGAGUUGUCAGAGCUUAAGAAAUCUUAGCUAAAGGUCUAAAUCAACGAAGUCUGAGUUCCCAUGUUGGUUUUUAUUUUUUUUUUGUAAUAUGAAACCUGCAGUGAGUGUUAUUUUCAAACAUCAAAAUCCCAUAGAACAUGAACGCAGCACGCAGCAGAGCUAUGACCCUUGUGAGGGCUUUCCUCACCACAUAAACAUAUUCUAUUCUAUUCUAUUCUAUGGUGUCAGUUGUCACAACUGGAGCACUUUGUUCAUUUAUUUUUUCACCCGACACGUGGUGAACGGGUGAGUGGAGAAGCGGGUGGACCAAUUACACUCAAUAAACUGCUACUGUAUUUUUCCCUCUGUUCAGUCUUCAGAUGUAUGGGAGCACUUUGCCACCAUUAAAAUGAAAAAGAAAAAGAUGAAAGUUAGGAAUGAUAAAAACACAAAUUGUCAGGUAAAAUUAGAAUGAUUUGAUGCCUAAAUCAGAUUUAUUGUGCGACUUGAAUGAGUUUUAAGACAGGUUUAAAAUUAAAGUCAAAAUUACAUGACACUAAAGGCCUUUUAUCAGAAAAAAUAAAUGGGUGUGUAUUUAAUGCCUCACACCACUUCCAGUCUUUCUGGUGCCUGUUUGCUUUUACAAAAAUGUUUCUCUCUGUCUGUCGCUACGUGGUCAAAAACUCCAGGAAAAAAGCUAGCGAGUGAUUCUUGAAAUUAAAAAAAUUUGGUUCAGAUGUACACAACAUUACUUUAAGUCCCCCUAUUUAGCACUUGUACACACAUACUGUGGGCACCCAUAAGUAGAGGCUGGUGUACAAACAUAAUGAAAAUGUAGCAAAACACAGUUAUAAUAAUUGUAAAAUUCAUAGGACAAGUUAUUAUUGUUCACAAAAACUUUAUAUUAGUAAACACUUAAAUGUUCUUAUAACUGAUCGCAACUAUAUUAUAGUGUGUUUCAAACAAUAUAAUAAAUGUUUGUAUACUGCGUAAAAAUGCUAAAUAGGGGGACCUAAAGGAAAGCGUGGCGGAUCAUUCUUGAUAUGAAUGAUCCGCCACGCUCAGUUUCAUUAUAAUGGUUUUGACUUACCAUGACAGUAGUUAUGUUAAUCAUUCCUGACUCAUCGUUUCUUCUGUUUUUUCUUGGCAAGAAAGGGCUUCCAUACAUUCACCCUAAAUACUGCAGUACCCAUGAGCCUCUGUGGCAGUUGCUCUGGAAAAGGUUAGAGUCAAAGCUGUGAAGUCAGAGUUGUAGCAUAUUCAGAAAAAUUCAAAUCUCUAACUUCACUCGACUAUUUCCUGCCCGGCAACAGAAUCUGUGUUCUGUGAUUGGAUGUGUUUUGUUGUGCAGUGUUCUUUGGGAAUUGUAAUUGACUUCUCUGGUAACGCAGGUUUGACACCUUUGAGUUUUUUUUUUUUUUUUAAGAACAGCAGUUAAGCAUGGGAACGUGUCUCCACUAAAAUCCCCCAAACGAGUCUUCAAUUCAGAAUAUCUGUGGUUUUACUUUGGAGUUUGGAACAUGAGCUGUGAAACUGAUCCGGAGUCAGUGAUGAAGGACGACUGACUGCAUCUUUUGCUAUUUUGUGUAUUGUACUUCCUGUCACCUGUUCAGUCCCCUCACUUCCCAUCAUGCCUUUCAAAACAAGCGCUCUUAUUUUUGUUGCUGUAUGAUCGUGAGUGAAGGCAACGUUUUCUGUUUCUUCCCUCUUUGUGGCAGUUCGAACGGAGCAGGGAAAAUCUCACUUUUUGGUUCAAUUCACUGCUCCUGUCAGCUGAAAAUUUCCAAAUCUAGAAAAAGCCUCUUUUUUAUAUUUGUUUGGUUUUAAGAUCUCUCUUCUGUGUCAAAAGGCCUGAUCAAUAUCCAUAGUUAAUAAGGUUAAACUCUGUUCUUAAUGUAUUCUAUGAUGGUGAACUUCCCUCAACACACUGACCGCAUUUUCACCUUAAUUAAUCUGUAUCCUAGGUGAUUACAAAGUAUUCACAAAAUAGAAAAACAAAUCAAAUCCAGUGUAAACACUGAUGAAGUAAGCAACCAUCCAGCGCUGAAGGUCAUCGGAGAUGCAUUUCAGAAUUUAAACAACCCUGUAAGGAUUGAUUUGGUCAUUUGCUGGUCAGAUUAUCUCUGAACAUGUAGUUAAAUCUGAGAUGCAUUUGUUGUUCUUAAAACAUCAGGUCGCCAGGACGUACUUCAAACUGAAAUAUAGUCAUUUAAAUGGACAUUUAGUUGACACCAAAUGAGUGCUUACUGUCAGUGUUGUAUGCUCUUUACUGCCUCUCCAACCCAACAGUAGAUCACGCAGCUCUGAUAGGAAAAUGAGGUUUGGGGAACCAGCAAGACAAGAUUUGUUUUCAAAGAUUUUGAAUCCCUUUGCAUCACUCUAUAGAAUCACUUUUGACCUCAUUUCAUGUUCCAUGCAGCUUUUACCUGUAACAUCAUUGUAGUUUUUUCUUCCUAAGUGCCAAAGGGGGAAGAAGUUUCUCCUCUUCAUUGCUCUUGGUACUAUAAUCAGUUUGGUUUCCUGUCUGAAUGAGGCCUUAAGCUGCUAAAAACAGUCUUGCUUUGGUUCCAUGUCUGGUUGGGAGGCAGCAGUUUUCCUCGCUGAUGACUCAGUGCUUCAGUCCAAACUGGAAGAAUCAGGCCACAACUAGAGGGUUUAAAAAGUAUAAUAAUGUCUGUCAACUCAGAGCAAAUAAUGUGUCCGACUGUUAAACACACAUUAACAGUCACAUCCAAAACUAGAACUCAGCCACAGUUUAGAACCGAGUAUGAAAGCUUGCAUCGUGAACAGAGCCUUGUGUUUUUCUUCCUCCUGUCUGUUUUCCUCAAACAGGAGUCUUUCAUGUUUUGAAUUUUGUUUUAUUGAAUUUCAGAUAAAGGAUUUCCUGUUGAAGGAGACUUUGAAGGAGUAGUUUCAGGUGUGGAGGAAGUGAGUGACUGUCAGGUGACAGAGUGUGUCCGUCCAGAGAGCAGCCUCAGACUGUGAGGAUUAUUUUUACUGGCUGUUUCUUUUAGUAUUGAUCAGUGUGAGGGCUGCAGUUGUACACAUUUAACUGCAAAUUCAACAGAAUCUGUUUCCUGAUUUUUUUCUUUUUUUGUUGUUGAAUUCAAAGCACACUUCAUUAUCAGUAUAGAAUCCAACGUCCUGAAUCUGUCAGAGAAGAUACAAAUCUGACAUUUUUCAUCCUUAUUAGAUUAAAGUUGAGAUUAAAACUGGAAAUAUUUCCAAAAAAUUCAUCCCAUCUACUCCUCAGUCUUAAAUCAUAUUACACUGUGUUGAUUGCUACCUUUUGUAUCUUAUUCCGUGUUUUAUUCCAUAUUUUUUGCCGCCUAAUUAUGUGCAAUGGUUGAGAAUUUUCAGUUGAUUUAAUUUUUUUCGUUUUCACAGAUGAUAAAAUGCUUUAUCUGAGCAGAUUUUUUUAAAUCUCUUUUGGCAUUCCUGCAGCGUGGCAGAGCAGAUGUUUGAAAACUUUAAUUACAAUAAAGGAAU